UUUUAGCUUUUCAGUGUUGGAGAUGUGGUGCAGUAGAUUAGCAUUGAGGCGGAUUGCUCUGACAGGUGCCCAGCGUGCCAUGGCCACCCUUCCGCGUGUGUACAUCACCCGAAAAGUGCCAGCUACCGGCCUUGAGAUCCUGCACAAGUCUGGACAGGUGCAGAUGGAAAUGUGGGACUCGGACGACCCCGUCCCCCGACAGGAGCUGCUGAAAAAGGUGAAAGGCUGUGACGGACUGAUGUGUGUUCUCACUGAGAAGAUUGAUGCUGAGUUGUUGGAUGCUGCAGGUCCAAACCUGAAGGUUCUGAGUACCAUGUCGGUCGGGUUUGAUCACCUCUCACUGGACGAGCUAAAGAAAAGGGGGAUCCGGGUAGGAUACACUCCAGACGUGCUGACCGAUGCUGUGGCUGAGCUGACCGUCGCCCUUCUCCUGACUACAUCACGCAGACUGAUCGAGGCCACUCACGAGGCUAAAACGGGUGGAUGGGGAACAUGGAGAACCCUGUGGUUAUGUGGUUAUGAGCUGGCCAACAGCACAGUUGGCAUCCUGGGACUUGGACGGAUUGGAGUGGCCAUUGCUGAGCGCCUGAAACCCUUUAAAGUAAAGAGGUUCAUCUACGCAGACGUCGCACCGAGACCGGAGCUUGCAGAAACCAUCCAGGCAGAAUAUGUGUCCAUGGAUGAGUUGGCCAGGCAGUCUGAUUUUCUGGCGGUGUGCUGUGCUCUGACUCCGGAGACUCAGGGCGUCUGCAACAAGAAGCUCUUCUCGAAGAUGAAGAGCACGUCCAUUUUUAUUAACACCAGCAGAGGGGGCGUGGUGAACCAGGAGGAUCUGUAUGAAGCUUUAUCCACUGGUCAGAUCGCUGGAGCUGGACUGGACGUCACCACACCCGAACCCUUACCCACUAACCACCCGCUGUUCACUCUUAAAAACUGCGUGAUCCUGCCGCACAUCGCUAGUGCCUCCUACACAACACGCAACGCCAUGUCCGCCCUCGCCGCCACCAACCUGCUUGCUGGACUUCGAGGGGAACCGAUGCCCAAAGAGCUUCAACUCUAGAAAGUGAAGUGACCACUAAUUCAUCAGAUCUGGAAAUCGAUUCCUCAGGAAACUGCUGACCAAUUUAUUAAAAAUAUCACAAGGUCUGUUCAAAUAAAGAAACACUGACCAAUA